CUGCUGGCGGCGGAGGUGGGAGACAAAUAAACAUGGAGGCCAUCUUUCACGAGAGGCAAGAAGGAUCCCUGUGUGCCCAACACUGUUUGAAUAACUUACUGCAGGGGGAGUAUUUCAGUCCUGUAGAGCUGUCUUCUAUUGCACAACAACUGGAUGAAGAAGAGAGAAUAAGGAUGGCAGAGGGAGGAGUUUCUAGUGAAGAGUACAGAACAUUUUUACAGCAGCCUUCUGUAAAUAUGGAUGACAGUGGCUUCUUCUCAAUUCAAGUUAUAAGCAAUGCCUUGAAAGUUUGGGGUUUAGAACUAAUCCUCUUCAACAGCCCAGAGUAUCAGAGGCUCGGGAUCGACCCUAUAAAUGAAAGAUCUUUUAUUUGUAACUAUAAAGAACACUGGUUUACAGUUCGAAAAUUAGGAAAACAGUGGUUCAACUUGAACUCUCUCUUGACGGGUCCCGAACUAAUAUCAGAUACUUACCUUGCACUUUUCUUGGCCCAGUUACAACAGGAAGGCUAUUCAAUAUUUGUCGUAAAGGGUGACCUGCCAGAUUGUGAGGCUGAUCAGUUACUGCAAAUGAUUCGGGUUCAGCAGAUGCAGCGGCCAAAAUUGAUUGGGGAAGAGGCACUGCAAUCAAAAGAUCAGAGGGUACAAAAACCAGACGUCGAACAAGCAGUAGAUGUUAAUCAUCCAUUUGAUAGUACAGGCAUGUUAGAUGAAGACGAAGAAAAUUUCCAAAAAGCACUUGCUCUCAGCAGACAGGAAAUUGAUAUGGAGGAUGAAGAAGCUGAUCUCCGUAGGGCCAUUCAACUAAGUAUGCAAGGAGGCCAUCGAAGUAGUCUUUUAGAUUGCGCACAGAACAUUCCACACUCAUCGGCAACAAAUCAAUCUGAAUCUCUUACAUCAGAAGAAUUGCGACGGAGAAGACAAGCCUAUUUUGAAAAACAACAACAGUUGCAUCAGCAAGUUCAGAAUCCAGAAUUCCAUGACGCACCAGCUACAAGUUCAAAUGCACUAGUCACUGAUCCAGGAGGUGAUAUGAGUGAAGAUGAUAUGCUUCAAGCAGCCAUGAAUAUGUCCUUGGAAACUGUUAGAAACACCUUGAACACAGAACAAAAGAAAUGACAAAAAUACCUAUUUUUAUCUAAACACUAAAUCCUGUAUUAAUCCUGUGCAGGUGGUAUAAAGGUAGGGUUCAUUUCACUGAUGUACCAAAGCAGGAUAUAGCCCUAGGACUGAGGAUCGGAAUUAAAAGGCAAUCUGCAUAUAACAUGAAUAAAAUAUUAUCACAAAGGUUUUAGCUUUGACCACACGACUAGUUCUAAUCAGGUUGGUAGAGAUGCCAUGCAUCAGCAAAGGGGUAUCAGCAUGUUGUAAAAUCUCAUCCAGCAUUUUCCUGACCCAUAGAUGAUCACGAUGAGUUUGUGAUGAUCUGCAGAUAAUUGUACGGGCAGCCCUGUUCAGGUGUAAUGGCAUGCUCUUGUGGGAUUCUUGCUUCAAGGCAAGGUCAGCCUGCCAUGCCCAGGUAGACAAUAACCUCUCAGAAAUAAUCCUGAGGCCAUUCUAUUGGAAUCAUACUAGCCACUUUUGUGUGACAUCUGAAAUUUCAUAAAUUCACAUGUGUGCUUAAGGGCAUUCCAAGCACCUCUUCUGUAUUCUGAAUAGCUUAGACUGAAUAAAUAUAAUUUGCCUUUCACUUCUCCAAAAGUAUUUCAGUUACAUUGUAAAUAAACAGAAUAUUGACAAGUACUUUCUGUCCUUUUCAACAUGAAAACAUUUAAUGGGUGAAAUCAUUAAAAAAUAUUUUACCAUUAUACGUAAAAACACAAAAAGGAAUCUGUUAAAGUUCUGGAAUGAAUUAAUCACAUCUUUACUAUUUUAGGACUGCAAGAGAUAUGCAAACCAAGAAGCUCAUCUUGGUGCUUAUUUAAAGACUACUUUUUAAAACCAUAAUGCCAGAGUUUUCCUUCUUUCAGAGGAGGCAGAAAGGAAAUUAUUUCUUAGGAAAACUCUCUUUACUAAAUUUUAGGCACUCCUGGCCUCGAUGCACUGUUCUAGCACAAGCACUCAAUGAUCACUUAGAAGUUGGUUGGAUAACUGAAAUGGUGGGGUAUAUUUGAUAAACAGUUACCUUAAAUCCUAUUCUGUUGUAUGGAAAUUAAUCCUUUGCUUUAUAUUUUCUCUUCGUUCCUGCAUUUUUACAAGUAUUAAAGACAACUGGAUGGGCAUAAGAAAGCUGCCUUAUACUGAGACAGGUAUUGGUCCAUUUAGUCCAGUAUUGUCUGCUCUGUCUGGCAGUGGUUCUCCAUGAUCUCAAGCAGGGGUCUUUUCCAGCCCUGCUACCUGAGUUCCUUUUAACUGGAGAUGUCUGGGAUUAAACCUGGGACUUUCUGCAUGCAAAGCAUGUGCUCUAAUUUCUGAGCUAUGGUCCAGACUGUUUUAAGAGUAAGGAAGGAAACAUUAUGAUGCCAUGACUUCAGUGCCACAUCAUUAAUGUGCAUACCUGCUAUCUGAAAUGAACCCUGCAUGGUUACCUAUGUGCUAAGAAUGGUUAUUCAUAAAUGAAUGUGUGUGGAUGUGUAUUCUAUCAGAUGUUAAUGAAUGUCUUAUGCCUGUAAGAAUUGUGCAGCUUUUCAUGAAUGGCCUUCGUUCAUGCACCUUACAGAUUUUUCUGUCAUUGUUUCUCUUACUGAGGAAAAUUGGGAAGCAAGUUUUGUGAGCUAAUUUUAUUCUGUUAGUUGAAUUACACAUUUGAUAUACAAGGUUACUACAAUAGGAUGACCAAAUGUGGCAUUCUAUGUUACAAAAAUGUUUUGUUUUAUAAAUAAUGCUUUAAGCAUACAUUCUGUUUACAUAUACAUCUUAUGGCUAUGGUUUGGGAUGUUUACAGUGUUCAAACUGUAUUUUGCUUAAACCAUAGGCAUUCGCCAGACACACCAAGAAUAAUCUUGCAAAACCUGUAUGUUUUUGCUAAUUGUUCCCAAAUUAUUAUAUUGCACCAUAUUGAUGUGUCAUCCCUAGCUACUGAAUGAUAAAGAACUGUAUGCAAAUAUGUGGUACGACAAAGAAGCAUACAGUAUAAAGAAGAAUACUUGGAUUUUGAUGACAUUUGUUUACAAUAAUGUUAUUUAGAUGGCUUGAAUAGAUAUAGAUGCCAAAUCCCACUUGCCUUACUUGCAUGCUUCAUGUUUUGUUGAUCUAUGUAAAACCAUUGCAUAAGUACAGGCAAUGUGAUUUGGCCCUGAGAAUGAGCAUAACUUUUAAAAAUGCAGCUAGCUUUACCAUUUCCAUAUACUUAAGGCAGCACUGUUUGACCCUACACAAUUUAGGGCACAAUCCUAUGCAUAUUUAGACAGAAGAAAGUCCCACAACUCCCAGCAUUGGGUGGUUUUUUUCAGUCUAAACAUGCAAAGGAUUGCAGACUUGCUUAAUUUCUUAACAGCAGGAAAUUAGUUUGCCAAAUUCAAUGCUCAGUGUUCUUAAAAUGUCUGCAGCAUUAGUUACAUAAAGCUAUCUGCAUUGGUUUUAUUUUAAUUUUGUUGCUUUUAAGCUAUUACUUGAAAAUAUGCGAAGGGAUUCAUAUUAAGCAUGAGAUGAAAUCAUACCAGUCUGUAAAAAACAUAAUUUUAUUUUUUCUUUGUACUUUUUCAAUAAAUGGUGUUCUUCUGGACAAGAUGAAUCUG